AGGGGGACAAACACCUUCCAUGGCAACCAGCGUUCUGGGGGGGCUCAGAGCUGGGAGCGGACCGGCACGGAGCCAUGCCCAAGGGGAGGUGGCCAAACCGCAACACUGAGCCGGCAGGGGGAUGGUUUGCUCAUGUUGGAGAAUGCCAGGGCCAGCUGGAGUCCACCACACACUCUGCACAGAGGCAGGGCCAGGACCUGCAGGCAGCACAGAGCGCUGAGGAUCAUCUACCACCCACGUUCCGGGCAAGGGAACAGAGUGCGGUCAACAACAACUUCCCAUUUUCUUCUCAUGACAACAGACACUGUCUACAGAAUGUAGGAGAGUAUUUUGAUUUUGGUUUGGGCCGAAGGAAGGUGGAACCUGAGAGAAGGCAGCAGAACUCACAGAACUUCUUCCAGUGGGCUUCUGAAUCAAUUAAAAGGAAUGGAGAUAGCUUAACCAUUUAUCAGACAUCAUUUAUGAAGGACAGCCUGUUCUCUGGGCAGUUCCCAAAGCACUUCUCAGAAGAAUCUCGCUCUGACAAAGCCUGUUCCUCAGAAUGAAAACAACGUGCAGCCAAAUAAAGCAUCUUAAUCAUAAUACCAUCUUUGUAGCACUGAUUUAUCAUCAUCAGAGCCUUUUCUGGAGAUCUCAACUACUUGUCAUUCACAUGAUGAAAUAAACUCAUGUAAAGUGAAUAAA